CUCUUUGUUGUAGAAUUACAAGAGAGAGAGAGAGAGAGAGAGAGAACACAGAGCUUAAACGCAACUCAGUAUCUGCAGAGCAUUCAUUACUGAUAACCCUCCGAUUCAAUCAUCACGAUAUCAAUUGAAGAACAAAACGAUGUCGUCUUGGAUUCCUUCACUGUUCAACCCCUUCUCCGAUGACGAUGAUCAUCCCACCACCGCACCCAGCCAAACCACCCCCCAAACCCCUUCUUCCGGCGCUAAGGAUGAUCUCUCCGCCGUUUUCCGCGGUGUCGCCGCCUUUCUAGCCCCGCCGCAGGCUGUGUCCUUAUCUGGUCCUUCCUCCUCCUCUUCUUCUUCUUCUUCUUCGGAGACAAUUGUGGGGAUAAAAAACGAUUUGGCGGAAAUUCAGGGCUCCUUUAGAUCGGGUUUGUCUCUAAUUUCCUCGAAAUUUACUUCCAAUUUGUUGCAAUUCCAGAGUCAACUCGAUGAGAAUGAUGAGGUGGAAGAGGAGGAGGUGGAGGUGGAUGAAGAUGCAGUUGGAAUCAAUGAAGAAGUUUUGGAUUUUGUGGAGAAAAUCUCUGCGCGGCCAGAGCUAUGGACUGAUUUUCCUCUCUCUUUGCCCGAUGAUUUUGACCUUUCAGAUUAUCAGAGAGAACAUGCUGCAAAUAUUGAAGAUUUGAUACCCGACUUUGUAACACUCAGGCAGAAAAUCUGCAGUCAAAUGAGCAACGCGAAGUUUUGGCUGAUAUACUUCAUUUUACUUCUUCCAAGGUUGAAUGAAGAAGAUUUGGAGCUUCUCUCGACUCCACAGGUUGCUGAAGCAAGGGAGACACUUCUGAAGAAACUUCACAAUAAGACCGACGUAGAUCAAGAAACGGCUGCAAAUGAAGAAUCUUCUGAUACCAACAAAGAAAUUGGAAAAGGGUAUAGCACUGAAGGUGAAGGCGGUGAAACCAUAUCUCAUCCUAAAGAUGCAUCGGCUCCAAAUCCAACUAAACAGAAAGCGAUUGCAAGCCAAACUGAAUCAAGCCAUCAUUAUGAAGAAAUCGAUACACGCAGAUUUUCUGAUCCUCAAACACAACCUGAAAAUGAAGAAGAUGAUGUGUCGUUUAGUGAUCUUGAAGAUGAUGACAACGAUUUAUCUGAUAAUCUAUCGGGACCUAAAUCAUCAAAGAGCGAUAAAGGUUUGGUUCCGUUGGAUGAAAAUAUUGAUGCUAAACAAAAGGCAGACCAAUCUUCUUUGAGAGAUAAAGAAUCGGAAAGUGAGGAGUCAAAUGAAUGGCUCACUGUUGAUGAUACAGAUUUCGACAAUUUGGCAGCAGUUUGAACCUUCCAUAUCUGUAAAUCCCGUUUUUCUUUCGUCCUCUUUUCUUUUCUUCCUUUCGUUUGUAGAUAAAAUAAACUGCCCCUAAGAUACGAUUGCUUUUACAACUUACAACUUACAACUAUACAUUUUCUGGUCAUCCGUAUUUUCUUUUUCCUUUUCUUUUUUCUCUGUCGUUUUGCAGCUCGUGCUUGUUUUCCUCAUCUGUGGUAUAUAUAAUAUGAUCAAUUUUAUGAAACAUCUAUUUUCUGUGUU